AUGUUUCCUAACGAUCGACCCACUUUUCCACAACCACCACUACAACUAGGCUCAUCAUCGGAGAGAAAUGAUUCAUCGAUACGUUCCAAUCUUCCUAGAGAAGCCUCCAUCAAAGUUCGGAAAACGGAAUACAAGCAAGUGUUGAAAGCAAGAGCCAUGGAGAAUUUAAAAGACAAGAGAAAGCUUUUGAGAGAUCAAGUUCGGGAUCCAUUUGCUGCUCAUCAUCAAGUCGGAUCAUCAUCAUCUUUAGAAUUUAAUCCCUAUGAUGAAUAUAUGAAUGCUUGUCGGUUGGAAUUGGAACGAUUGAUGGCAGAGGAUAAAGGCUCAAUGACUGAUGAUGAAUAUAAUGAAUUAUUGUGGGAAUUACAACAAGAAAUUGAAAAUGAAUUUCAAGAAGAAGAUGAAGAACAAUUACGUGAAUAUGAAGAACAACAACGACUUGAAGCACAAGAUAUGGAUGAAUUAAUUAAUUUCUAUGAAAAGUCCGUAUUUCUAUGCCCUGUGUGUAAGAAAAAUAACCUUCACGAAACCAAACACUCGCUUUGUUGCAAGUGUGGUCUUCGUAUUCCAACAUCUCUCAAUGGAUUGUCAGUAAAAUUCGUGAGUCAACAAGUAAUUGACUGCUAUGGAGAGCACAAGUUGCAGUGUAAUAAGGAACCAAAAGUGUUAGCUGAACAACGAGCAGGUAUGACCUUUGUGACACUACGAUGUGACCAUUGUGACUUUUUAGAAAUCAUUGUUUAA